AUGGAUUCAAAUUACCAAACAUAUAAGAUGGCUGACGGCAUGAAAAGGAGUAUUUCCAUGAUUGUCUUAAUUCACCUGUGUUUGAACGCCGAAACUGUUUUUGCAGUGCCUUCAAGUAUCAAACAACGGUCAUUACUUAGUAACAAACUCCGCUCUGAAAAAGAAAGAUCUAUGACCUCGAAGUCUUCACAAACCCUAUUGUUAUCACAGUUGAACAAUUUGCAUGAAAACGUUGGGGAGUCUACAAGUUUUGAAUCACUAUCAACAGAAAUCAACGUUCAAGAUGAUGCAACUCUCCUUCCAAAAAUACGUAUACGCCAUGUAAAACGAAGCAUGCAAAGAAAAAGGAAGAAAGAUAGAAAUGGAACAAAACACAGAAAAAACAAAAAAUCUCGUAGGAACGUCAAAAGACACCGAGGUUCUGGACUGAAACAAAAAUCAUGUCCAACUCGUACCAGUUACGUCUCCAAAAGAACAGCUGAAGACAUUUUCGGUAACAUUGUUAAUGUGUAUCCAGUGAUACACGUAGGAAACCUGGCACUUGAUCAAUUGUUUUAUGAGUCUUUCUGUGAUGUUGAUAAGUGUUCAUGCGCUGGUGUUGACAGUAGAAAAUUCAAAUCUUCCUGUGAAACAACUCACAGUUAUACAUAUGCAAGAGUUGUAAAAAGCGGAGUAAUUGGUUGGAGCUACAUUAAGGUCAGGUCAGGAUGUAGCUGUGUUGUACGAGCAAAAGGGAAGAACAGAUUGUCUACAAUUACAGAUCUUUUGUCAUGA